AUGAAGGGCGACGACCAGCAGCCCGGGCUGACGUGGAUGGACGCCAUCGGGCUGACGUAUUUAAGCUCCUCGGGCUCCCGCAAAAGCAUCAGCAUCGUCCUGGACCAGUUACUGGCUGAUGCGGGGAAACACCCUUUCGUUGUUACGUUCGGGGAAGAUGACGUCACUGAAGCCAUUGACACAUUGACGGCGUGGAAGAGCCCGGAUGGCGUGGCAGCCGUGCACCGCUCCGCUGACGUCAUCGCCCAGCUGACCGUGACGAUCGCGGGCCUUCUAGAGAUGGAGCUGACCACCGAUAAAGACGGCAUCCACUUUCUCAACUUCGACCUCAAGAAGAUCGUCACCAGCCCACGUGUCCAUGGGGUGUUGGGUCAGAUGUACGCGCCCGGUGCGGUGGAAGAGCGCCUCGCGAUGGGCACACUCGAGGGCUUCAACCACCGCGAGUACGUGGAGGGGACGGAAGAAGACUACGAGACCUCCAGCCUUACGGCGCCCGACUGCAGCUACACCAAAUUCGACCUGCCGCGCUUCGAGGCCACGACGUCACUACCGAGAGCGUUGGGGACCGCUUCCUUGCCAACCCAAACUCGCCGCAAGCAGCUCUCAACCUCGGUCGUGGAGUGUCGCCAGAUUAAGCACACCGCCAAGGGGGUGUCCCUAGUCUGCACCGGCCAGUGA